CAGCCACACUGGGAGAUAAGAUGACCCUGGUCUGACGGUGAGUUGAGUCACGCUGUUGGAGACACGUGAGACUGGUGUCUCAUAUUGACUUGUCGGUGUGUCUCCUGGUGGAAUGGGUUGACUGAAGCCUUCUGUGAUGAUGGAGUUCUGUGAUGGAGAACCCUUCUGGGACAGUAACCUGACCCUCACCAGCACCUGGCCCCAGGUUACAACUUGCUUCCGGAACACGGCGCUAGUGUGGGGGCCAUGUGGGAUGCUGAUGCUGACCACGCCCUUCUAUGUCUACUACCUCGCUCAGCAACCCCCCAGACGCUACCGGCAUACCCUACUACAGCAAAUCAAACUGUUUUCCAGCGUAAUGCUGAUCAUACUUGGCGUCGUGGAGAUGAUCAGCGCGUUCUCGGACAAACAGGAUGGUGGGCUGUCCGUACACUUCAGUGCGGGCGUCACUGCGCCGAUCAUAAGGACAAUAACACUGCUCAUUGCACUGUUACUCAUUAUACUGGAGAGAUUGCGAGGCCUCGUCACAUCAGGAGUGCUGUUCAUAUUUUGGUUCCUGAUGGUAUCGGCCAACAUUAUACCGUUCUACACAUACAUCAUACAAAAGGACUACAGCACGGAUCUGACACGUAUCAGUGUGUUCUAUAUCGGCUACUGCUUCAUGUUGGUGGAACUGAUAGUUCAUUGUUUUGCCGAGAAGAGCAGGGAUUACACCAAUGUUCUAUAUCCUUGCCCUGAAAUGGAGUCCUCCUACCUCUCCCGGCUGACAUUUGGUUGGACAACAGGACUCAUGGUCCAGGGAUACAAAAAGACCUUGACCGAGACUGAUGUGUAUGACCUUCACCCUCGGGAGCAGUCAGCAGGGGUGAUAGAACGUUUUGACAAGGUGGUGCAGCGGACACAGGCGGACAUGAGAAGAGACUUGACCGGCUCCAGCUACCAAAAUGGGACUGUGAGGUACACCGACGGCUCAGUAUCGGUGAAACAUGAUGGCAAAAACAGAAGGAACUACGGUUAUACCCCACUACCUAACGGGGACACGAGUGAGUCCACUCCACUUAUUGGAGAUGAUAAACCUCCGCUUCUUACAUCAUCGUCAGCUCCUGGACCCAUGCCGUCGUUGUGGAAGCUGUUAAUCAGGACGUUUGGGUUGGAGCUGCUACAUGCACAGAUCUGGAAGGUCAUCAAUGAUGUGCUCAUAUUGACCAACCCUCUGAUACUCAAGGCCCUGAUUGCCUAUGUUGGUGAUACCAGUAGUCCUGUCUGGGUUGGUUACCUUCUGUCCCUUGGGAUGUUUGUCAGUGUGCUAGUACAGGCUGUAACCUUCCACAUCCUCAACCAUUACACCAUAGCCUUAGGCAUAAGGGUCCGGGCAGCGCUGACGUCAGCAAUAUACAGGAAGGCACUUACAAUGAACAACGAGGCCAAGAAGCAGGCGAAUGCGGGUGAGAUUGUUAACCUGAUGUCCGUGGAUGUGACGAGGGUACAGAAGUACUGCGAGCAGAUCUAUUGGGUGUGGGCAGCUCCGGAAGAGAUCGCUGUGUGUCUGUAUCUCCUCUACUCCACAUUUGGGACAGCAAUGUUCGCCGGCCUGGCCUUCCUGCUGCUGAUGAUUGGCCUCAACGUCCUGGUGAUGGCGAGGAUGAGCACGCUGCAGGCCAGGCUCAUGCAUAUUAAAGAUCAAAGGAUCCGGGUAGUGAAUGAGGUGUUGAAUGGAAUCAAGAUAUUGAAACUGUACGCCUGGGAGGAAUCAUUCAGGGAUAAAAUAUUACGGAUCCGGAAGGAUGAGUUGAAGGUGAUAUGGCGGAUAGCUGUAUUGCAGGUCAUCCUUACGGUCACCUCCAUGAUAACCCCAUUCACCGUCGGUCUGUUCACCUUCGUGGCCUAUGUGUUUUUGAAUGGAUCUCACACCCUAGACGCCGGCACAGCAUUCGUUGGUCUUUCUCUGUUCAACACCAUGAAGAAUCCCCUGACACUCUCACCCAAAAUAUUCAGUGACCUUGUGAAGUCUGUGAUCAGUGUGAACCGAGUGAACCGAUUUCUGCAAUGUGGAGACCUGAAAGCUAAACCUGCAACAAGAAGUGAAAAAGGUUACCCCCUGGUUGUAAAUAACGGGACUUUCACGUGGGACCCAGACGCCCCGCCCACACUCAGCAAUAUCAUGUUGCGCGUGUCUGAGGGGAGUCUGGUCGCUGUUGUCGGCCAGGUGGGGUCGGGCAAAACGUCCCUCAUCUCCGCCAUCCUUGGCGACAUGGACACCGUCGACGGUUACGUCAACGUCAAUGGACGAGUUGCUUACGUACCUCAACAAGCCUGGAUACAGAACGAUACUGUUCAAAAUAAUAUUCUGUUUGGCAAGUCUUUGCACCGGCGGAACUACGUCAAGGUUCUGGAGGCCUGCGCACUAAAGCAGGAUCUGGAUAUACUGCCUGGUGGCGACAAAACUGAGAUCGGGGAAAAGGGCAUCAACUUGAGUGGGGGACAGAAGCAGAGAGUGUCUCUGGCCAGAGCCGUCUACAACGAUGCUGACAUCUACCUCCUGGACGACCCUCUCAGUGCCGUGGACAGCCAUGUUGGCAAACACAUCUUCAGUAAAGUGGUGGGCAAGACCGGACUUCUUCAGCAUAAGACACGCAUUCUGGUGACCCAUGGAGUCCAUUGGCUGCCUCAGGUGGACGUGAUAGUUGUGAUGACCAGUGGCAAGAUUUCUGAGAUUGGUUCGUAUAACCAGCUGAUGAGUCACCAUGGCGCCUUUUCUCAGUUUUUGAUGACGUAUUUCACGGAAUCUAAAGACGACGAUGAAUCCGAAGACGAAGUUGUUCAGGAGAUGGAGAAGGAGGUAUUUGAGCGACUGAAGGUGCUCCAUACUACGGACAGCGAGCUGGAGAAGUCAGCCGAAGAAUUUGACCGAACAAUAGAGAAAUUGAGAAGGGGUUCUCUGCUAGAAGGAUUGUCUUCCUCCACAAGAGUAAAGCGAGACAGGAAGGACAGCAGGGUGGAGAUAAAGGAUAUGAACAAGUUGAUAGAGGAAGAGGUUGUGCAGUCAGGUGUGGUAAAGAAGGCAGUGUACGUGUCGUACGCCAGGGCCCUGGGUUCAGUGAGUUCUGUGGUGAUGAUCCUGUCCUUCAUCCUGUACCAGGCUGGGACCAUAGCGGCCAGCAUCUGGCUUAGUGGCUGGACAGAUGACCCCCAACUGACCAACUCCUCCCUCCCGAUCGGCACUCCGGAAAGACGGGAAAGGACAGAUUUCUUCAUGGGAGUUUAUGGCCUCUUUGGAAUCGUUCAAGUUGCUGCCAUCACUGUGUAUUCUAUCCUGAUGGCCAUCACGUCGGUCCACGCCUCCAGGAUCGUCCACAGCAACAUGCUAGCUCACGUGCUGCGUGCGCCAAUGUCCUUCUUUGACACCACACCCAUGGGGCGGAUUCUGAACCGCUUCUCGCAAGACAUUGAUACUCUAGACAACGAGUUACCCAUUACCCUGAUGAUGUGGAUCGGCCGCGUGUGCACCGUACUCAGUACUGUCCUAGUUGUUAGUUACACCACGCCAUUGUUCCUGAUAGCUGUCGUGCCCAUCUCCAUCAUCUAUACCAUCAUACAGAGGUUCUACAUUCCGACAUCGAGGCAGCUCCGACGUCUCGAGUCCAAGACUCGAUCUCCCAUCUUCGCCCACUUCAGCGAGACUCUGUCUGGUGGCAGCAUCAUCAGGACGUACCGGGCCGAGAACAGGUUCAUCAGACACUCGGAGAGACUCGUGGACAUGAACCAGAAGUUUUCUUUUGCUUCCAAUACAGCCAACAGAUGGCUGGGCGUCCGAAUCGAGGUCCUGGGAGCUCUGGUGGUGUUCCUUGCGUCUCUCCUGUCUGUCUUCUUGAAGGAUUCCAUCAGCGGUGGCACCAUAGGACUUUCGGUGUCCUACGCUCUUGACAUUACCAUCAGCCUCAACUGGCUAGUGCGACUAACCUCCGACAUAGAAACUCAGAUUGUGGCGGUGGAGAGGCUGAAAGAAUACACAGAGGUACCAAUGGAGGCCGCGUUAAGGGUAUUUUCUACCCGUCCUCCCAUUGAGUGGCCGGACAAGGGCGAAGUCCAGUUUGACCGCUACAGCACCAGGUUCCGCCCUGGACUCGAGCUGGUCCUGAAAGACGUAUCCUGUCGGAUAGCCCCCAAAGAAAAGGUCGGCAUUGUUGGACGUACGGGGGCGGGGAAAUCGUCUCUGGCAGUGGCGUUGUUCCGACUGAUAGAGGCAGCAUCAGGGGACAUCCUCAUAGACGGGUACAGCGUGGGCAAGCUGGGCCUACACGAUCUCAGGGAGAAGCUUACCAUUCUCCCACAGGACCCGGUGAUUUUCGGUGGAUCUCUUCGGAUGAAUCUGGACCCCUUCGGUCAGUAUCGGGACGCUCAAAUCUGGGUAGCCUUGGGUCAAGCCCACUUGAAGGACUUUGUGGACUCUUUGUCCAGCGGCCUGGAGUAUCCGUGUGGCGAGGGAGGGGAAAAUCUCAGUGUGGGACAGCGUCAGUUGGUGUGUUUGGCCCGCUGUCUGCUGCGGAAGAGCAAGAUCCUGAUUCUGGAUGAAGCUACGGCGGCCGUUGACAUGGAAACGGACGACCUCAUCCAGGAAACCAUCAGAACCGAGUUCCACGACUCCACCAUCAUCACCAUCGCCCACAGACUCAACACCGUCAUGGAUUACGACAGAAUUAUUGUCCUUGACCAGGGCCGAGUGGUGGACUUCGACUCCCCGUCCAAUAUGCUGCAGAACACGGACAGUUUGUUCUACAAACUUGCCAAGGACGCUAAUCUCGUGUGAUCUACCCAUCUCACCUGUAACCUCGUGUCAUCUACCUGUCUUACCUGUAACAUCGUGUCAUCUACCUCACCUGUAAUCAACAUAAUCAGAGACUCACAAGCAUGGUUCACUGAGCAGAUACAUUGUUCAGACCAAUGGGUGGUACUAGCAAGUCUGUUUGAAAACAUUGAGACUCUUUGAUUGUCUGGUAGUCUCAAGCGUAAAUAUAAACAUCUUACUGUUAAUGGGGAGAUCAUGUUCAAGUGCGGAUACAGGUUUUGGAAACGGGGUUCACAAGAAUCAUUUUGAUAGUCGUGUCAUUUUUGUUAAACACUUCAGCAACUGAGUUUAUGAUACUGUUCCACUGAAUGUC